AUGAAUUUUUCAAGAAAUAAAAAAGGGUCAAUAGAUAAUUCAAAAUACACAUAUGAACCUGGUGAUCUUGAAACAAAAGUUACCGAAAAUGGCUUAGAUGUAUCAUUUAAAAGAAGAGUUGUUUCUGAUUUAUUGAUAUGUCCAAUAUGUGAAGGAUUUUUUAGAGGUGCAACGACAAUAAGAGAAUGCCUACAUACAUUUUGCAAAACUUGUAUUAUUAAACAUAUAGAGUCGAAAGGUUCAGAAUGUCCAAAAUGUGGACAAGAUAUUGGUAUAUAUCCUUUGCAAGGAUUAGUAUUUGAUAGAACAAUACAGAACAUUACGGAUAAGAUUUUUCCAGAAUUUAAGGAGAAAGAGAGAAAGUUAUAUAGUGAAUUUCUGGAAAAGUACGGAGAUGAAGCUGAAAUAAAUGAUGAAAAGGAUUUGAUGAGCCUCACAAAACCCAUAGCUUCACAAUUAAGUGAAAUUAAGCUUAAACCAGUCGACUUUACUGAACAAUUUUAUAAAGAAUUACUUUUACCUGAACUGGAAAACAAUGAAUCACAGGACUCAAAGAAGCAAACAAUAUUAGAGAGUUUAUCAAUGAAAAUUAAAUUGGAGUCAAUAAAUAGUGAAAUUUUUGAAUUAGAAAAACCAUUCUUAAUGGUUCCACCUCAAAUUACUAUUUUUCAUCUACAAAAUUAUAUUAUGCAUAAAUCCAAUGAAAAAUUUGAUAGAAUCCCUUUUAUUUUUUUGAAAGGAGGGCAAAUUCUUCCCAGAAACCAUUCACUUGAAUUUGUCUGUAGGUCCAGGAGAAUUCCUCUGAAUAAUUUACUUACUUUGCAAUUUGGGAUUCAAAAUAAUUAA